AUUUAAGGGCAGCGCGCACAGCGCCUCCACAGUGCGCUCUGCGGAUCUCGACACACACACACACGCUCUCACACACGCGCUACAGCAUGGAGCUGAAAGCUGUUCUAGUGGCAGCGCUCGUCGCGGUGGCCGUCUACGGGACGAUUUCGGACGCCAAGCCCAUCAGUCUGGUAGAGAGGUGCUGGUGCCGCUCUACAGUCAACACAGUCCCACAGAGGAACAUUCGCGAGCUUAAGUUUGUCCACACACCCAACUGCCCCUUCCAAGUCAUUGCUAAACUGAAGAACAACAAAGAAGUGUGCAUUAACCCUGAGACGAAAUGGCUGCAGCAGUACCUAAAGAAUGCUCUUGAAAAAAUGAAGAAGGCCAAACAACAAACCAACUAAGGAGCCAGCUGGAUGGCAAGCCAGUUUGUCAGCCCACCACCACAGAUAUGUACCAUAUACUCCUCUGGCAUGCUUGCUGACCCAGCACUUAACCUGCCAAACUUGCUUCCUUGUCCAUGAAUCGGCAAAUGGCAAACCAGUCCGCCCCCACCGUCUCUGCCACUGCUAUAGGCACCUCCUGUGUUAGCGCAAUGUGCAAUUAUAUAUGUAUGAGUGUGGUUUUUAUACGUAUGAUAUGUAUAUACAAUGUUUUAUAUCAAUUUUAAACAGUAAAGAGAUAUUUUUGGAGUCAUGUUUGCUCCUUGCCUGUCUGUUACAGUGAAUUAGGUAGCACUGAAUGAAGUAUUUGAUGAUUUGGGAGCAAACUCAUAAGGUUUUUCACAUUACAUCCUAGAACAGGAAGGGAAAUCGGUGAACAAUGUCCAUUGGUGCAGAGCUGAGGCCAAAAAGUAGUGUAUCUGUUAGGAGGACAAGUUUGAAGGCAUUUGGUAUUCUCCCCACGCCAUUUCAUAAUCAUCUUUAAAUAAUCCAUAUCUUAAAAUUUUGUAACACUGCAUAUCGCAUGUGAAAGUAAUAUUGUAUGUUUUCUGUAAGAGAAAAGUUUCUCAUGUUUUUGUUCUCUGAUCAACAGGGUGUACUUUUUAAACAAAUGUAAACCAAGAGACCUUGGAUCUUACAUGGCCCUAACUACUCUGAAUUCCUUCAGAGAGCGUAAUAGGGUUUACUGGAAGUAGGCUGCGAGGGAAAAGAGAAGGGAAUGUUCUUUUUUUUAUUCCUAUCAUUCUGUAGGCAAAGAAACAUCUGGAUCCGCAAAACUGCUAAUUGAGCAGCCAGUGUGUGCAGAGCGAUUCUGAUAGGGAAUAACAGCACAUGAAGCGUUAAAUGAAACAUGUGACAGAUUUGCACAGAUUUGGUUCCAAGCACAGCUAGUUUAGGUUAGUUUACAAUAAGUUCACAAAGCACAGUAAACAUUAAACAACAGAACAAAGAAAUGAAAAGCCUAUUUAUCUUAAUAUUGAUAUCAUUAGAGGUAAAAACUAAUUACACGUAGACCUACUAUUAAGAGUAAUUUGAUCUAAAGAGAGGGAUUUACCAUAAUUGGACUUUAAUCUGUACUACCUGUCAUUAGUAGUAGAACAAUGCACUUUAUUUACUGCGUUCUGUUGUAGAAAGAGAACUAACCCACCUAAGCUGAAGAGCGGCAUCCACAAAUUUGGCGAGUGGCCUUUCUUUUCCAUGGCCAGAAAAAGAACGCCAAAUACAUUUCACAUUAAAAGAGAGGUUAUUUUAAGAAUCUAUUAAAUAUGAGCAUCCCUUUCUGUGUAAUGCGUUGAUGUGUGAUAUUUUCGGCAAAUGGGCACUGGUCAAAAGAGGCACUUAAACACAACAACUUUUACAUGGGCAUUCAAAAAAAGAAAAAUGUCUCUUGGUUUGGCACAGCAGUCUCUUGUUUACAGCAAUUCCUGGCCAUAAACAAAACAUGUCGUGACCUCCAAAACCAGCAUACAUUCCUGUCUGCCAGAGCUAAACAUUUCUCAAGAAAAUUGGUGCAUGGAAUUCGUCUGUAACGCCGCUGCCAAUUUUAUCCUAUCAACUGAUUUAAUGUGCUGCUAUUAAAAAAGCCAGUCCUUUUUUACACAGGCCGCCUGCAGGCACACAGACCAGGAAAACAUAAUGCCCACUCAGGAUUACAGAGGAAGGGGGUGCACACAGUAUUCUGGGGGUUAUGCCUCUGGUGAAUUUCAUAUAGUCAUGUAGAAAAAUUGCAAGAAUCUAACUAAUUCGAAUGCAGCAAGGAAAUCCUGAUGAAUGUGUGCAACCCAUUAACUCUCAACUCAUGAACCUCUGCCUCUCUCACACUGGCUACUUUUGCUAGAGGAGCUGAUUAAGAAUGUUAGUAAAAGCUGUUUAAAUGUAUGAUUGGCUUUGAAGUUAGUGGACAAGCUUAUGCCUUAAGAGCCAUUGAGUUGGUAUUACACCAGUAACUCUACUAGUGGGCAUUAACAAUAACAAAAGACUCAAUGAACUCUGUCAUUGUAAGUUCAGUGCAGUGAUGCCUAAAUUUAGACCAUGUUCACUGUGGAAUUGUGUGGAGUCAGAUUUAUGCAGCAUGAGUGCAGAAAGAAGGCAGUAAAUCCUGCCUCGUCACAUUACUGUGAAUAUUCCACCUUCUAGACAAACAUGACUGACCUGUAAUUAAAACUCACUUUCACUUCCCCAGGCUUGUCAGUCGCCUUCAAACUGAGGCAAACACUAACUAAGUUUUAUGGGGAAUAUCUAAGAAGUAUCAAAAUCUUUUUUUAUUUGAGCUGUCAGACACUAAAUUUAAAUCAUAGAAGGUAUUCAGAUUAUACUCUACCAUCUUACCACUGGUAGGUUUGGUGCUUUUGGAAAAAAAUAAACUGUAGCAAAUGCAGUUCUUAUGUAAUUAAAGGUAACAACUUCAUUUCUGUCCUUUUUAUCUCACAUUCCUUUUUUCAUGCUGCAAAGUGUAAACAUGCAUUUUUUAAAAAUGCAGAUCCUAAUUACAAUGUUAGAAUAUGCCAAUAUGCAUCACCUUAAGGGGCCAUUCAUCCAUUUAUCUGUGAAAACACAUUUGUACCCCUGCCUCAAAGGUUUAUAUUCAAUGACAGUACUGGCUUUGAUAAGAUGUUAGCCACAGUAGCAGUGUUUGGACUAAGCAUUUAACUGUGUUAUAUCCAUAGCACAGGUGCUUCAGGACAUUUGUAAUGUAUAUAUUUUCCCCGUAACUCCCAAACAAUGUGAAGACCAUUUCUAUGUAGAUGGCAGCUUAAUCCAUUAUAUAUGUUGUAUUUACUUUUUUAUGGGUUUGUACUUAUGUUUGAUUUCAUUCAUAUUUUGAAAUAAAUCAACAUUUAUGAA